CGAUCGGCUGUUCCUAGACACAGGUCUCAGAACUUGAUACGACCAUGAAAAUCGAUAGACUUCACCGAUUGUAGAUGCAUAUGUAUACGCCAUAGUGACGUUACGGAGAAGUGUAGAACAGGAGUGUUUUUUUAUGAGAAGUGGCAUACCGGCGUCGGCGUCAAUCUAGCGUUUCCCGACGAAGUUCAGCUACCUAGAGAUUUGCAUAGUGUGCAUCUCAAAACUUUUGAAGAUACGUUUCCUGGGUGUUGUGUAGUUCUGUGAGAGAUGCCAAACUAGUUUUAUUUUUGUUAAAAAAUGGGCGAUAAUUGGAAAUUCCUUAGAAGGGCUUUCGUUGUUGAUGAUAUUCCAGAAGACUUUGAUCCUUAUGCAGACCCAGUAGAUGGGGUGCAUUAUUUGCAGCAGGUUCGUUGGGAAGCUUCGCAAUGUCCCGCCGUUGUGACUGCAGUUAUUGAUGAGGAGAAACGGAAGAUCAGAGGUGUUGUCAAUGUAUUGCCUGAGUGUGAGAAGGUCCCUCCACAAUUCUUGCCAGAUUUGGAAUGGCAACAGCUACAAGUUGUGAACUUUUCAGCAAUGAGAGAGAAAGUAUCAAAAUACAGGAAGAGAGAUCCACCAAAAACCUGCAAUACGCCAGAAAGUGUACCACAAAUAGGCGACGAGAAAGCUUGGUACGCUAUCUGUAUGGAAUACAAAAUAGCUCCGUUAAUGAGUGUCGUUUUGCCAUUGUCGCAACUUCUGUUGGAGUGGCUGUUGCAGUGCAACGCGGAAUGGUUAUCGAAUUCGGAACAACUGUCCAAGAAUCAAGGAAGGUGGGUGUAUGCUUUAAUGGCAUGCAUAGAGUUGCCACUCACUCGAGAAAGUUGCAGCAGUCUUCGCGCGAUAGCGCGAGAAUGUGCAAGAAUUCGUGCUUAUGAACACUCUUGGGGGAAGAGCGGAGUAUUGUACUGCUGACAACCUACCCCUCGCCCAUAUGAGACAUGGGGGAUGAAAUAACAACAAAGAAAAAAAAAAGUAUUUGACAUGGAGGCGUAUUUGGUCGAUGCCAUGCAAAGUCGUUGGUCCUUGUAAAAUGCUUGUGCUUUAAAAAUAUAUUAACACAUUGCCAUGUUUGUACUGGUGGUGUUGUGUGGUUAAAUUGCUUUUUAAAUGUGAAGUUGGCAGAAACAAGUGUAGUUAUUGAAAGACUUCGAAGCAAAAUAUAUUCAAAUGCUAGCCAUAGCAUCUAAAUA